UCCUUGGUCACGCUAGACAAAGGGGGAGAUUGUCACUUUCUUAAUUUUUUUGUUUGUUCCUCCAAAAUGUCAACCAGAUCCUCAUUCGGCGAUGAGGAGCAGACAAAAGUGCCCCGCAUCAUGACCUUCCGUCCCAGCUACGAGGAAUUCAAGGACUUCGCCGCCUACAUAGAGUAUAUAGAAUCCCGCGGAGCUCACCUAGCCGGCUUGGCCAAAAUCCAGCCGCCGGCAGAGUGGGUACCCCGGAAGUCGGGCUACGACAUAGAGAACAUCAACAUGACCAUUCCAGCGCCGAUCAGUCAGGUUGUCACAGGGGCCCACGGUGUGUACCAGCAGAUCAACAUCCAGCAGCGCCGCCAGAUGACUCUGCGCCAGUUCAUGGAGAAGGCCAACUCCGAGCUCCAUCAGACGCCGCGCCACUUCGACUACGAGGACCUGGAGCGCAAAUACUGGAAGAACAUCACUUACAUAUCGCCCCUGUACGCAGCAGAUGUCAAGGGAACCCUGAGUGACGAGGAGCUGGACGUGUGGAACAUCGGGCGACUGGACACCAUCCUGAACUUGGUCAACACGGACUACAACAUCAUCAUCGAUGGCGUGAACACGGCCUACCUUUACUUUGGAAUGUGGAAGAGCUCUUUUGCCUGGCACACCGAAGACAUGGAUCUGUAUUCCAUCAACUAUCUGCAUUUCGGUGCACCCAAAACCUGGUACGCCAUCCCGCCGGCCUAUGGCAGACGGCUGGAGAAGCUGGCCAGGGAGACCUUCGCCGAGAACUACCAGGAGUGCAAUGCCUAUCUGCGCCACAAGAUGACUAUGAUCAGCCCAAAGGUCUUGCGCCAGAACAAAAUACCCUACAACAAGAUCACCCAAGAGGCGGGCGAGAUCAUGAUCACAUUUCCUUUCGGAUACCACGCAGGGUUCAAUCACGGCUUCAACGGCGCAGAGUCCACCAACUUCGCGUCGAAGCGCUGGAUCGAGUACGGAAAGAGGGCGAGCAUCUGCCGGUGCCGCAGCGACAUGGUCAAGAUCUCGAUGGAGACCUUCGUGCGCCGUUUCCAACCAGAGCGCUACGAGAAUUGGUUGCGGGGUCAGGAUUUUGGAUGUCAUCCCGAGGAGCCUGGCAAAAUAUGCGCUGCGGCGCCACCAACUUUAAAUGAGUCUGAAAAGCUAGCGAGUUUGCGUCUUGCCAGAGUCAAGGAAGAGUCGCCACAAAAGCGCGGCUGCUCGCUGGCAGCCAAUGGAUGUGAACCGUCAGCUGAGCCCACCGAUGACGCCGACGACAGAGCCAGUGUGAGCAGCCACAACAGCUGUCGCCAACUGCAGCCCGUUGUGAAACUGCGCAAGCUGCCAUCCAAUGCAUCUGUACCUGAACCAAGUUCCGCACCAAAGAGAUACGACUUCAAUUCCGUGGCCGUGGUGAGGGUCAAGCGUUUGUGGAAUGACCUGCCAUGUUCAGAGCCCGGCGUCAAUCUGCUCACCAACGGUGUGGUGAAGAACACCAAACGUAUGCGCUUCCAAACAAAAGUACUAACACUUGACGAUGAGGAUUGAGAUGCCACUUAAAACACUGCUUCAAGGCAGUCUUUCGAUCUCCUUGUUAUAUUUCCGUGCGGCUGACAUCAACGAUAUUUUAGGGAUAGUCUUUUUGUAUUUUUCAUAUUUUUUAAACAGACAUGACGCCAUCACAAUGAAGAUAUGUGUAUAGAAUUUAGGAGACGAGCAAAUUCAUAUGCAAGAAAUGUACAAAACUUAUAAAUCUUUAAGCUGUAAAUGGAGCGAGGCAUUAUUUGUCCCUUCAUAUGUUUAACAAGUGUCAGUUCCCACCGAAAUCAGUAUUGCACAACAUUUCGAAUUGUAUAAACGAAUCAACAAAUCCUUUUACACAUUAACGCCCAAAAUAUGCAAUGUCUAUAAUCAAAACGAUAUAUGGAUUUAGCCUACGA